AUGGGCAUUCCAUUGUAUGGGGACAAUAUUCUCGUAGACGGCUACAGAGUUUGUAUUACCGACGGCAAGAAAAAUCGUCUUGUUCGGUCGAGAGACGACAUUUUCGAUGAAUCGCCUCUAUCAUCAGAAGAUGCAAAGACUGAAACAGAAGAUACAACAGAGCCAGUGGAACUUACAAAUGAGGACAUAGAACCUAUUGAGCCAGAGAGAGAAGCUCAAGUGGAAACUGACAAUGUCUAUGAUCCGUUGCCAGAACAACCAAGAGAAUCCCUUGAAUUAGAGAGAGAUUGUGAUGAAGAUGGUAAUAUCAGAUAUGGUAAAAGUCGCAGGCUAUCGAGUAAACCGGUAAUUGAUCCAUCACUAGCUACAUCCGCCGAUCUGUAUAAAAUGGCGUCAGCCGAGUUUUUAGAACAAGCUUUGUCUACAGACGUUGAUGAGAACGCAGUAAACGCGAUUGUUGGCUCUCUUGAAAAUCAAUUGGGAUCGACUCCAGGACAGGUGGGCAUGCAACCUGGAAUGGUUACUGUACCUAUGACAGUUAAUUCUAAUAUGCCUACUUCCAUUCCUAAUGUAAUGACUAUCAACAAGCCUGGACAAAAUGUAGUAGUCACAACACAGAAUUUAGGAUCAGCUCAGCCUACAAUAUUGCCCAAUGUUCAAAUAUUAAACAUGAGACCAGGAGCUCCUACUGUAGCAGCACAGAAGUCUGUAGCAACAGUUUCUCCAAGGGUUGUGAUUGGGGCACAACAAGUAGUUGGAACCAGAGCUGCGGCACCUGGUAUUACGCUGCAAACACUGCAAAGUCUACAACAAGGGCAGCAGGGUCAUUUGUUGUUAAAGACUGAAAAUGGUCAGUACCAACUGUUGAGGGUUGGGCCAGCUCCCGCAGCCAGCAACCUCACGGCGCCGCAGCCACAGACCCUCCGGCUGUCAACUGUGCCGUCACAUCCUGGUGUGGCUACGAUGUCAACAAGUAUUGCAGCUCCAGGACAAAUAUCAGGGCAAUUGCCCCCUGGAGCGGUUGCAACACCUAUAGCAGCUGUCUCGACAAGCAUGCAGUCGGCCACACCUCCACCACUUCCACCAACUGUCACCACUCAAAAACCAUCGGACAACACGAAAGAAAAAUGCCGCAACUUCCUCGCGAACCUGCUCGACUUGUCUAGUAAGGAGCCCAAAUCGGUCGAGAGGAGUGUAAGGAACCUCAUCCAAGAACUGAUUGAUGCACAGGUGGAACCCGAAGAAUUCUGCGAUAGGCUUGAACGUCUAUUAAACGCCAGUCCUCAGCCCUGUUUAAUUGGAUUUUUAAAGAAAAGUUUACCUCUACUUCGACAGUCCUUAGUUACCAAGGAACUUAUAAUUGAAGGUAUUAAUCCACCUGCUCCUCAUGUGGCAUUUUCAACAAUCCCUACACCAACGCAGCAAGUCAUUACUGCACCAAAUGUACAAUUGCAAAAACCUGUACCAAAACCUGGUGGUACUAUUGCUGUGCUGCAGAACAUUCCUGUCCAUACUAAAAUAAAUGUCAGCAAAGUUGGAAAGACAAUGACAGUGAAUAGUAAGGCCAGUUUCUCCCGUCCCACCAUGCAGUCGGCGGCGCUUUCUACUGUUCUCACGCCCGGAAAAUCCCUUCUGAAGGAGAAAGAAAAGAGAACUACCAUGCCAUUCUCUGCGCAGCCCUAUGUCGACGACAAGAUGGCUGGUGAUGAUGAUAUAAAUGAUGUUGCGGCAAUGGGCGGUGUUAAUUUAGCAGAGGAAUCUCAAAGAAUCCUUGGCUCCACAGAAAUGAUUGGAACACAAAUAAGAUCUUGCAAAGAUGAAUACCUGAUACCACUUAGUGUAAUGCAAGCCAAGGUGAAAGCCUACUCCUUGAAAUUUGGGCUUGAAGAACCACCUCCAGAAGUAGCAUGUCUACUGAUUCAUGCACUUCAUGAAAGACUGAAAAACAUUAUAGAAAAAUUGGCUGUUAUUGCUCAGCACAGGAUUGAUCUUUCCAUGAAAACGGAUGGGCGCUACGAGGUGACCCAAGAUGUGAAGGGUCAACUGAAGUUCCUGGAGGAGAGAGAUCGCGUCGUGAAGAAGAGACGCGAGGACUCGGAGAGGGAGAUGUUGCUCCGCGCCGCCAAGUCCCGCUCUAAGAACGAGGAUCCGGAGCAGGCGAAGCUCAAGGCGAAGGCGAAGGAGAUGCAGAGGGCGGAGCUGGAGGAGGUGCGGCAGCGCGAGGCGAAUCUGACGGCGCUGCAGGCCAUCGGGCCGCGCAAGAGGCAGAGGCCCGGCGACGGCCCCGGCGGCUCGGCGGACGUCGCGCCCGGCGGGGACGGACAGGGCGGCAGCGGCCUCACGGGACGCAGUCAGAUGGCUCUACGUACACGCAUCAAGCGCAUCAACUACCGAGACAUGCUCCUCUUUCUGGAGCAAGAACGAGAGACAUCGCGCUCUCUGUUGCUGUACCGGAGCUACCUGAAG